GCUCAUAUAUACUUAUGAUUGAUCGGUCUUUUCAGGGACAUCCGAUAUACUUAUGAUUUGAUCGAACAAGAUAUUCAUAAAUGGUGUAUCAAGAUAUUCAGUUCGUAGUUAGACUUAUGAGUAUGUCAAAAUAUAUUUAAGUUCGAAAUGCAUUCAAACUAACUCAUAAUCAAUCUGAUUGAACUUUUACAAUGUCGAAUCAAAAUUCGACAUACAAUGCUUUUGUUUCCUACCUAGAAAUAACCUAACCUAUCAUGAAACGAACCAACCAUAGUGACACAACGUGACCAAUAAAAUAUAAAUCAACACAAUCAUAUAUAUAUAUACAUUUUCUCCUUAGGUUAAAACAUGAAGGGAGAAAAUUAAUGCACAUCCAAGUCAUAUAUAUAUAUCCACCGCCCAAACACCCACCACCACUCGACAAAAGGCUUGAAAACAAGGCACAAAGUAAAACAAAGUAGAUUGAAGCACGUAUAGGUUUUUGAGGUCGUUGUCUUGAGGUUUAGCUUAAUAAUAAUAUUUCCCUCUACACAACGGCACAUCACAUUCAUCACCACAAUAAGAUCAUCACUAGUCGGAGUCGGACUAAAAUCAACCCGACUAUGAUGCUUACAGUCCAUGAGAACAUAUUUACAGGGUUUUGCGUUACUGGAUUAAGUAUUGCACAUUUCGCAUCUAUUUAAUAGUUACGAAAGGUUUAACAUGUAAUCUAGGAACGUCUCGUCUUCGUACUUAAGUAUGUUCUCACGGUUUGAGAUGUGAGGAGUAGAAGUGGAAAUCAAUAUGAUAUAUCGGUAUCUCAGUACCUAAUAGCAAUCGAAAUCUCGAAUAACGCAAACAGUGUUAUACAAUCAACAUAUCAAACGCUUAUCUCGAAAUAUUUCGGUACGGUUUCGGUAUUCCCAAUACCAAAGCAAUUACCUUCACAAUUAAUAAAUAAUACAUGCAAAUAAAUAAUGAUUCGAAUGCAUCUAACGCUGAACAAUUUUUUUUUUUUUUUUAUCGUGUAGGCUUGAAGUUUAAUUCCAUUAUUGAAAACCUUGGGCGAUCGAAAGUUGAGGUGAGAAAAGUCUAAUAAAAACCAAUCAAGUCUACAUUGAAUGGAUUGAAUCAAAGUCUCAAUUGAAUUACUUAAUUCAUCACAGGUGCUCAUUUGGGCUACAAGACUCAAUCUUGAGUCUGCCUUAAACAUAAGGCAGGGACAAAAGGAAGGGAUGAGAUGGUGAUAUCUCAUUAUCUUGACCUUGGUGAUCUUUGACUCAACUGAGUUGAGACUGAGCAACGACUAAUGAGUGAGAGUGUCUGCUUUUUUCGUGUUGUGGAAAUAACAAGAGAUUGAUUGAGAAACGAGAGUGAACUACGAAAAAAUUUGAAUAUAAAACUGGAUUGGCUGGGAUUUUGCAAGUUUUCAAAGUGUGAGCAAUGAUCAUAAGGCUGCAUAUCCCGAUCUUAAUUUCAUAAUCCUGAAUACCAAACAACUUCUCAAGAUUCAUUUUAAUGACAAAUUCUAAAAAAUAACUCGAAAUUCAAUAAUACCUAUAUAUCUCAAAUAACGAUAUCAAACUUCGGAACGAGGACAGCAAAUCCAUCAUUUCAUACCACAUCAAGCCAAAUCUGGGUCCUACUUUUCACGUCGUUGCCAUGUUAAUUAGCAAUCUUAAUGCUGACUCAUCAAAUCCAAACAUAGUAGUAUGCUGCUCCCUUCUUUAAAUUGAUCAAGUAGCAUGAGCCUGCGGCCUUGUCAUGACGGUCUAGGGGGAGCUCUCUUACACCCCAUGUCGAUUUAAUAGAACAACCCAUUUAGUGGCGAACCAAACAUUUUUAUCGACAAUUUAACUAUUUAUCGACUGUCGGGAUUGGUUAUACUGUAAUCAUAUGAGAUCAUUUCAAAAUUCAUCCAAACACCUUAAAACUAGGGGUGACUAUAUGGUCUAGUCCGGUUAAAUUGGCCCAAAUUGAGACCUGAAAUGAAAGGGUGAGGAGUUGGUCAAGUUUUGAAUGUUGGGCUCUCUUAUGUUGUCUUUAUUCGGUUUUCGGUCCGUUCCCGAGCAAUUUUUCACCUCAAAUUUAUGUCCGAAAAUGAGAUUGUAUUGUUAGCUAUCCGAUUUUGAUCCGAAUUGUACGGUCCAAUUUCGGAUAAAAAACCAAAAAUCUCGUACCAAAUAGCUACCCAUACUUAAAAACCGCGAUAAAACCUGACUUCUUAGUCACCGAUUAUGCCUAGUCAGCACGCUAGCUAAUCCAGCCUGCUCAAUUACUUCCCAAUUAAAUUAAUCAAAAAAAAUUAUUCGCCCCACUAAUCCCCACAAAUAUUCCCUCCUCGGCGCUGAACCCCACGCGCUCUGUUUCCUCCUUUUUUUUUUUUUUGGUAGAAACUCUGUUUCCUCCUUUAAUUACCACUUUCCAUUCGCUCCCCUUUCCUCCUUCCUUUCCCCUCUAUCCCUCGCCCGACUCUAAAACCUCCCGCCGCCGGGAAAUCGCCAUGGCAUCACCCCUCCACCAGGCGGACCUCGACUCCUCCGCCGCCGGCGACUCCGUGGCGUCCUCCCCUCGCUCCGACGUCAACGCGCCUUUCUCCCAGCAGGACCCGCGCGUGCGGUUCAUGUGUAGCUUCGGCGGCAAGAUCCUCCCCCGCCCCCACGACAACCUCCUCCGCUACGUCGGCGGCGAGACCCGGAUGGUGGCCGUCCACCGAUCCACGACCUUCACCUCCCUCGUCUCCAAGCUCGCCAAGCUCUCCGGCCUCCCCGCCGUCGCCGUCAAGUACCAGCUCCCCAACGAGGACCUCGACGCGCUGAUCUCCGUCUCCACCAACGAGGACGUCGAGAACAUGAUGGACGAGUACGACCGCGUCGCGCUGAAUCUGAACCCCCGAUCGGCCCGAUUACGGCUCUUCCUCUUCCCCAAGGAAGGGGAAUUGGAUCCCAAUUCGAGGACCAGCAGCAUCAGCUCGCUCCUCGACGGGUCGACGAAUCGGGAGCACUGGUUCUUCGACGCGCUCAAUUCGGGCCGGACCCUGGAGCGGGGCAGGUCGGAGGCCUCGUCGAUCGUCUCCGAGAUGCCCGAUUACUUCUUCGGGCUGGAGAAUCCCGACGAGAAUCAGCAGCCGCGGGGAGGAGAGCACAGGCUGAGGACGAGCAAGCCCGUCUUCAACGACAGCGUUUCGGCUUCGGAUCCGGGUUCGCCCGCCCCGGUCGUCUCGUCGUCGCCGUACUGCUCCACCUCAUCGGUCGCCGCCCCGCCGACCUCGACGAUCCCGAGCGUCUCUUCGAUCCCGGAUCUCCCGCCGGUCAAGACCAAACCCGAACCACCCGAACCGGUCGUGGUCCGGCGGCAGUACUCCGAACCGAUACCCGAACCCCAAUUGCAGCAGCAGCAGCAGCAGCAGCAGGCUCCGCCCGGGUACGCGAUGCAGUAUGUUCCGGAGUCUCAUUAUUCGGGUCCUCCUUCCGGCCCGGUCCAUCACAUACCGGUUUAUUACGUACCGGGUCAGGGGAACGUUCCGGUUCAACAGGUUCAAUACCGGCCCCAAUAUGUUCAGCAACCGCAGUAUACGGUUCCACAGGGUCAAAUCCAAGGAGUCGGGUACCAUCAGGUACCCACGAAUAUGGGUCAGCAGGUGCAAGCCGGGAUGGGUCAGGUCUAUGGCGGGAUGCGACCCGCCAUGGAUCCGUACGAAGGAGCGAGGAUGGUUUCAGACGGGAUGAACCAGCAGCAGGUUUAUUACGGGGUGAGAAACACGAACCCUGUCAUGACCGGUCCGGGUCAUCCGGGUAUGGUGAUGGCUCCUCCAGGGGAGGAGAUGCAUAAAGGUAUGGUCGACCCGAAAACAGGUCGGAUCUCCGGGCCGUGAUGGUUGGGUGAUGAUUGAAUUAUUAUCUCUAUAUAUUUUGUAUUGUUUUUUGUUUGUAUUUGUGUGUCGUUGUUGCGGUUGAUUUUGAUGUUUAUGAUGAAAUAAGGCCUGUAAUUAGGU